GAUUUAGACAUUUGUGGUGGAUUGGACAAUGGACGACCAAGGCUGCCCGAGAUGCAAGACAACGAAAUACAGAAACCCAUCCCUAAAAUUGAUGGUCAAUGUGUGCGGCCAUACACUGUGUGAGAGCUGUGUGGACAUGCUGUUUGUCCGAGGCUCCGGUAACUGCGUUCAGUGUGAUACUCCGCUCAGAAAAAGUAACUUCCGUGUUCAGCUCUUUGAAGACCCAGCCAUUGAUAAAGAAGUAGAGAUCCGUAAGAAGGUCCUAAAAAUUUACAAUAAGCGAGACACUGACUUUCCCAGCCCCAGAGAAUACAACGAUUACCUGGAGCAAGUGGAAGAGAUUGUCUUUAACUUAACGAAUAACAUUGAUGUGGAAAACACCAAACAGAUGAUGGAACAGUACCAGAGAGAGAACAGAGACAUUAUCCAGAGAAACAAAGCCAAACUGACACGAGAACAGGAAGAGCUGGAGGAGUUGCUUUUGUUAGAGCAGAAAGGCAAUGAACAGAGGAGACUGGAGACUCUAGAAGAGGAACGGAGACAGUUACAAGCCAAGAGGAAGAACAAACAGGCCCUGCUCGAUGAGCUGGAGAGUUCCCAGCUGCCUGCGUCACUCCUGUUGGCCCAGCAUAAAGACAGAGCUGCCCAGUCAGAGACACAAAUUGAGAGACAGAAACAAGUUGUCAAACCCACCAUUUUCUCCACCGGCAUCCUUAAGGGUCAGACGGUGUCUCUGGCCCCAGUGGCUCGGGUAGAGGAGGUGUUGUACCUCUAUGAGCCCCUGCAUAUUGACACACACGGACCUCCUGUGCCACAACUGGAGCAACUGGGCAGACAGGGGUAUCUGAAUCACGUGCGGGCAGCGUCUGCGCAGGACGUGGCUGGAGGUUACACCUCAGGACUGGCUUGUCAUCGUGCUAUACAGGACGCAUUCAGUGGACUCUUCCCAUCAUUGCUCUGACCUCGUUAAGCCUCGCUGACUCCUUAAGAUCCUGUUAUAUCUGCUCGAACCUCAUUAAGCCCCACUGACUCAUUAAGAUCCUGUCAUAUCCACUCUGACACUGUACUCUGACUCAGCCUCACUAGCCCUGCUAAGACUCUGCUCUGACCCCACUAGCCCUGCUCUGACUGCUCAAACCCUGCUCUGACUCUGCUCUAGCCCUGCUCUGACUGCUCUAACCCUGCUCUGACUCUGCUCUAACCCCACUAGCCCUGCUCUGACUCUGCUCUAACCCCACUAGCCCUGCUCUGACUCUGCUCUAGCCCUGCUCUGACUCUGCUCU